CAGUAACAUACUGGUAACUAGCUCUCAAACUCUAGGUGGCAUUCUUCCUUCUUCCUGCUGUGUUUUAAUGUUUAGGAACAUCAAUAAUCAUCACUUGCGAUUCGGCUUUCGAAACAUAUGGCCCUUAUCUUUCACCAGGGAGAAAAAAUGUUGCAAAAAAUCUACACUCACUGUAGCAGUUUUGCAUAGAUCCAUACAGCUAUGGGGGCCUCCAUCCGAAGAAACUACACUUCCGCCACACUUCCCGACUUACACUUACACACAGGUGUUCGGAGCAUGCUAAUUAGCACUGGUGGCCGCCUCUUGGCUGCCAUAAACAAGCGCUGUAAUGUGGAGAUAUGGCCGCAUGGGAACACUAACCCUAAACCGAUCAAGCUGUCGAAGGUCCUUCAGAACGAUGUUGAGCAGGAGAGGGAUAUGAGGGCUGAGAUCCAGGAGAUGAAGAAGGAGCACAACUCCGUUAGCAUGAUGGAUGAGUUUGCCAGAUACGCCAGACUAGAGCGCAAAAUCAACAAGAUGACUGACAAGCUGAAGACACAUGUCAAGUCAAGAACUGCUCAACAAGCCAAAAUGAAAUGGAUGGUGAAUAUUGGUUUUUAUAUCCUGCAGGCUGCUCUGAUGAUCUCACUGAUUUGGAAGUAUUAUGCUGACCCAGUGACUGUUGUACCCAGUAAGUGGAUUGCCCCCCUGGAGCAGAUGGUGGCUUUCCCAUCUAGAGUAGCAGGUGGUGUUGGAAUCACAUGCUGGCUGGUGGUGUGCAACAAAGUGGUGUCUAUUGGUCUACAUGCUGUUAGCUAAGGAAUGGUAUCUUCUCAUGUCUUAUUUAUUCCCCAAAUGUUCUGAGAAUGAAGUCAGGUAGUGUUACUCAGCGCUUUGAUAUUAAAGUUUAAACCGGUACUGUUGGUAUGCACCUUUUUACAAAGCACCCCAUAUUGAAACGUUGCCUUACAUUGCCAGUGUUAUUUCACAUAUUUGACUGUUUCUCAUGUUGGCUUUGGAAUUGUAUGUUGUUCACAGGUUGCUACUCUGCGAAAUGAUUGUAUGAGCAUGUUUUAAUGAGCAUGUAUUUAAAUCUCAUUCCAACUUAUUGAGAUGAGUUGAGCAAGAAGUGUUAAAAUUGUUUAAUUGUUAUGUCAUUUUGUUCAUUUGUUAUUCAUGUUAAUUGUAGGCCUGGUCUGUGGCAACAUAUUCAAUUUGCUGAACUAAUAUCACAAAGUUUACUGUUUGGGUUUUGGAAGUGUUGAAGUGUGCAUAAGAAAAUAUGCGUACUUCAACACAAUAAAGAAUUUGAAAUCCGAAGGC